AUGGAUUAUCAGCAAAAGCUAACCUUGUCACCUUUGUAAAAGUAUGAAUUAUACAACCAAUUCCCUUGGCAAAUGAUUUUACACACUUUAUUGAUAGUUUUUACGACUGUUCAAGUUCUCAAUGUGUUGGAUUAAUUGACUGCUUAAAGCAGAGCUCAGCAUAUGAUUUUUAAGAACAUUCUCCUUGGAUUGGAAGAGGAUAAUGAUGAAUAAUAAUUUUAUAACUUCGAUGAUUUUCAAUAGUAGUUGCUUACAAUGAUGGACAAUCUUAAUGGUUUGGAAGAUAUUUUAUUUUAAAAUGUUAACAUGAGUUUGUCAGAGUUUAAAUUUAAUAUUUUCUAUUCUCAAUUCGACACUGACAAUGCCAACCAAACAGUAUUCGAUGUAGAUAUCGAUGAAGGUUUUACAGAACCAUUUAAUAUUAAUGAUGUACAUUCUAUAAAAAGUUUUAUCGGAAAUGUUUAACUUAUGGAAUUUCAAGGGAAUAAGAUUUAUAACUUUAUAAAUUUCAGAGAUAUUGAAGGAGUCGAAUCUUGUACAAAUUGGAAUUUCAAAAUUACAUAUAAUUUCGAUAAAAUAGGAGUCAUUAAUGCUAAGAUAGAAACAGGUAAUAGUAACUGUCCUGAAGAUCAGAAAAAGUAAAGUGGCUAAGACUUUUUGCUUAUUCAUUUUAUAGUCCUUAUCUUGGGAGGUAUUUCAAUUUACACUACGAUAAAGUAUUUAUAUGAUAUAGGUUCUGAAUAUAUGUAUAAUAAAUAAAUGUAUAAGGACAUAAAAAAUAUUGUGGAAACUCAACCCUUAAAUGAUUAAUCAGAUUUAAUUUAGUAGGGACCCUAAGUUGGUGUGAAGUUUUCACAGGCUUGGAGGAAUGUUGAUUAUUAACAAGAUGUUAAGGCCUUCAAUAAUUGGUAUAUCUUAAAUGCCUUGGGGGGAUUUUUCUAAGUGGUUGGAGCAACAAUAGCGAUAAUGGAUUAAAUUUUGACGAAUGAUUUAUCGAUUUAUAAGUUUUAAAUUAUGAUGAUGGGAUUUGGAUGCUUUUCAUCUUGGUUAAUGCUGUUACAAUAUUUGGAAUACUUCUAAGAUAUAAGUCUUGUGACUUGGACAUUGAAGAAAUCAAGCAAGAAUAUUGCCAUGUUCAUAUUCAGUAUUUUACCAUUCUUUUUUGGAUUUGUGUAUUUGGCUUAGGCUAUAUUUUGGAAAUACAACUACUUCUAAUCGACUAUUGACACUAUUUUAUCAUUGUUUUCCUUAUCCAAUGGCGAUAUUUUAUUAGAAUCAUUUAAUUUGGUGAAACCAAUUGGAAUUAUUGGUUAAAUUUAUCUUAUUGUUUUUAUGAUUGUAUUUUUCACAGCAGUAUAAAGUGUGUUAAUUGCAAUUAUAAUGGAAGGAUAUGAUGAAAUUAAUGCAUAAAGAAAAAGGGAGAAUAAUCAAGAUCAAAAAAUCAAAGACGAAAUUCUGGAUUAGAUUCAAAAAGAGUAGGAAGAAAUUAGUAAAUCUGCAAGAAACGAUGAAUUUGAUGAUGACAAGGAGAUUAUUAUUUCCAAAUUGAAUUUGUUUAUGAGGAGAAUCGAUAGAAUGUUAGAGGAUCUUGAUCUGAUGGCUGAUGAAAUAGAGAAUGCAAAUAUCACAAUUAAUGAGAAGGAAUAUUUAUUAAAUGUAUUAAGGGAAAACAUAGAUAAUAUAUCUAGAAAUGUUAAAUUUUAAAUCAGUAACAUGGAGUCAUGA